GGAGGUGGUGGCUGGUCGGGCAGCGGUAGCGGGCGGGCGUCGUAGCGGCGGCGGCGGGGAGCCGAGCCCGGAGGAUGGCAGGAGCCGGAGCGGCUACGGACUCUGCGGCUGAUUUUCCCCCUUCGUCAGCUCCUCCCGUCCUCCGGGAACUUUCUCCCGUGGCCAGCGGCGGUGCCUUCUCCCGGUGGCGGCGGCAGCGGCUGCGGGUGCGUUCGACGGUGCCGCCCGGUCCGCGGCUGGGGCUGCUGGCGCUGGUUCUCUGCCGCUUUUGCUGCGGUGCCUUAGCUGGACCAAUUGUUCACCCUCAGGUGACAGCAGUUUGGGGGAAGAAGGUUGAACUCAAAUGCAUAAUCGAUGUAAAUGAAACCAUAACACAAGUUUCUUGGGAGAAGACACACGGUAAAAGUUCACAGACUAUUGCAGUACAUCAUCCUAAAUAUGGAAUAUCUAUUCAAGAAGACUACCAGGGGAGAGUGUCAUUUAAGAACUACUCACUCACUGAUGCCACAAUCAUCCUAAAAAACGUGAGCUUUUCCGACGCAGGAGAAUAUAUUUGCAAGGCAGUUACAUUCCCACUUGGAAAUACAGAGUCAUCAAUAACUGUGACAGUACUGGUUGAACCUGUCGUGAGCUUAAUGAAAGGACCAAGCCCUCUCAUAGAUGGUGCCAAUAGGACUGUAGCAGCCACUUGCACAGCAGCCACUGGAAAACCUGCUGCAGAGAUCGACUGGGAAGGAGGUCUGGGUGAAAUGGAAUCCAGCUCUACUGUCUUUCCAAAUGGAACAGUGACAGUUGUAAGCCAGUAUGUGAUUGUCCCUACGCGAUUUGCAAGAGGAAGACUCAUAACCUGCAUUGUGAAGCACCCUGCUUUGGAAAAGGAGAUAAGAUACCCUCAGGUGUUGGACAUACAGUAUGCCCCAGAGGUCUCAGUAACUGGCUAUGAUGGAAACUGGUUCAUCGGAAGAGAGAAUGUUCAGCUCAGAUGUAAUGCUGAUGCAAACCCAUUACCUAUGGAAUUCACAUGGACCAGAUUGGAUGGACACUGGCCUGAAGGAUUGCUCUCUGUCAACAACACUCUGCAGUUCAGCAGCCCAUUGACUUACAACUACACUGGGACUUACAUCUGUAAGGUGACCAAUUCCCUUGGUCAGAGAAGUGAUCAGAAGACUAUCUACAUUCUAGAUGUGCCAUUUAAGCAGACCUCUUCUGUUGCCGUAGCAGGGGCUGUGAUUGGAGCAGUCCUUGCUCUCUUUAUCAUUACCAUCUUUGUGACAGUGCUGCUGACUCCACGGAAGAAAAGGCCGUCCUAUCUUGACAAAGUGAUUGAUCUUCCACCCACUCAUAAACCAUCCACCUGUGAGGAGAGAGCAUUCUCUGUGCCACAGAAAGAAGCUAUGCUUCAGAAAGAACAUUUUGCUUUGCAAAGCCAGUGCAGAGAGAAAGAGACUGGAGACUUGCACCACAUGAAAGCUGUGAAUGGAAGGCAACUUACUUGUGAGACUGAAGAGCCCCAGGAACAAGAAAGUCUCCAGCAAAUGUAUCCUGUUUACCAGCAAACCUACUACAAAAACUGGAGCAGCAGAUACUCACAGAACUCAGGACCUGGAAGAGUCUACAUCAACCCAAGGGAGCAUUAUGUAUGAUUCUGUACCAAAAUGUCUCGGCUUUUAAGACAGGAAGGUUUUGAUACAUGAUGACUCUGACCAAUGUGACUUGUUGCCUUUCAUCUCAAAACUAGUUGGUCUGUUUUCCUGUGGGAGGAAAUUGCAUGGAGAAUUGUUUAUAGGGAAACCCAAUGGUAUUUGAGACACCUUGGCUUCUAGUGUUGGCUAUGUACUUGGUUUUGUAGUUCUAUCACCCUGCCGAAAGAGGAGAGCUGUGUAGCUGCUUUAACCUUCGUAGCUGUAAGAUGUAUCUGUGAGAUGGACUGGCAUGUGCCACACUGUGGGUAAGCUGCUUCCCUGCUUAUCUCUGGAAGCAUUCUCUCCUUG